UUACGGAAAUGUCACUUUCGUCAUCAAAACAAACCAAAUCCAUUUCAUACGUAGUUUGGGACUUACAAAUUUUCCCGUAUUUCCUAAAAUUUGUUGAUUUUGGUGAGUCUUUUAGUGUAUUAUUGAUAUUCCUUGCCGCAAUGGACAUCCGGAAUGAAGUUAAAAUCAAUGACAAAGAUUUCGAGAAAAAGAAAUUCGUCGUCCGCAAUGCAGCUGACGUUCAGCGGGCAAAGUUGGAAAAGCUAAUGAAAAAUCCGGAAAAACCGGUCAUCAUCCCAGAGUCCCCCAGAGAGCGUGAUUUCUCGAACGCCAUUCCGUCAUUCGUACGGAAUGUGAUGGGUUCCAGUGCCGGCGCUGGAUCUGGCGAGUUCCACGUUUACCGGCAUCUACGGCGGAAGGAAUAUGCCCGCCAGAAGCACAUUCAGGAGAAAAGCCGUUCGGAACAGUUGGAUGACGAGUUCCAGCAGAAGCUUGAGCAAAACAAACAGGAUGCAGAGGAUAGAACCGCCAAAAAGCGAGCCAAACGCCAGAAAAAGAAAGCGAAGCAAAAGGCCAACCGAGGGAAGAAGCCCCGGAAGGAGGAAGAGUCGGACAAAAGUGAAAGUGACGAGGAAGACGAUGAAGCAGAAGGGGAAGACGGUGAAGAACAUGGUAAAAUCCAGGAAAGUGAGACAGCUCAGGAUGAAUGUAAGGAUCUCAAAGGUAAUGACGAAGCGAAAGAAGCUGCCCUCGACAAUCCCGUAGAAGCAACAGCUGAUCAGACGGCAUCAGAGCUGAAAGAUCAAGAGACAUCCAGUUCUACCGAUGGGAAAGAUGAUGCCAAAACCGAAGAUACUCAAGAGGCUCAACGUGAUGAAUGUAAAACCUUGGAAGAUGAUGGGGACGAUUCUAAGUCUCAAGAUGAUGAAUAAAACUAGCAUUUAGGUCAAUAAAAAAGUUAUUUGGUGUAUUUUA